UCCAAACCUUACGGGUGUUUCUCCUGCUCCUGUGCUCCUGUAAACCGGUUCAUCCACAAAAAAAAUUUAAGGUGCCUUAUCUUGAAACUGCGCUUCCCUAAUAGAGUUCAAACAUGAAACCGCAGGAUGAUAGUGCCGCUGCUGUACCCGGCGCUCUUGAGCUCUCCGAUGGCUCCCGCUUCCCUGGUCUGCUGUUCGGAGCCGCGCGACCCUCUGCCGGCGAAGUCGUCUUUCAGACGGGGAUGGUGGGGUACACCGAGGCCCUGACCGACCCCUCGUACUGCGACCAGCUGCUCGUCCUCACCUACCCGCUGGUCGGCAACUACGGGGUGCCUGCUUUCGACACCGACCCUGACGGCAUACCCAGAUGGACUGAGAGCGCACGAGUGUGGGUGGGUGGUCUGGUGGUGGGAGAGCUGUGCCACGAGCCCUCCCACUGGGCCUCCACCAGGACGCUGCACCAAUGGCUUCUCAGUGAGGGCAUCACGGGUAUCCAGGGCAUCGAUACCCGCGAACUUACCAAGAGGAUUCGGUCGUCUGGCUCGCUGCUUGGCCGCAUCGUCGUUGACGGCCAAGAAGCUCCACCUUUGGUUGACCCUAACCGCAAUUCUGUUCAGGCUAAAGUUUCUGUUCAGUCCGUGAGAUGCUUUAACGAAGGCGGGAGUCCCCACGUGGUGGCGGUUGACUGCGGUCUUAAGUACAACCAACUUCGCUGCCUUGUAUCUCGAGGAGCCAAGGUCUCGCUGGUGCCCUGGGACCAUCCAUUGAACGAUCUUGAAUACGAUGCUCUCUUCCUCUCCAAUGGACCCGGCGACCCACAGAUGUGUGAUGUCACCGUGAGUCACAUAAAGCAGCUGCUGCAGUCAACCGAUAAGCCAAUAUUCGGCAUCUGUUUGGGUCAUCAACUGCUCGCUGUCGCUGCGGGCUGCGCCACGUACAAAAUGAAGUACGGCAACCGUGGCCACAACCAACCGUGUCAGCACGAAGGCACCAAGCGCUGUUUCAUCACCAGCCAGAACCAUGGCUACGCGGUUGACGCGCAAUCCUUGCCUUCUGAUUGGCAGCCGCUCUUUACUAACAAGAAUGACCUAAGCAACGAGGGUAUUGUGCACGUCUCAAAACCCUUCUUUAGUGUCCAGUUCCAUCCUGAACACUGCGGCGGCCCUCAGGACUUAGAGUCUCUCUUUGAUUUCUUCCUGGACUUGGCGCGACUCUCAAAACUUGGCUCGCAAAAGAAGUCUUGGGAGCUUCCGAGGAGAAUCUCCGAGCACCUGGAAUAUAUACCUGAUCCAGAAGUUCCAAGACCUUUCAUUCCGACUAAAAAACUGAAAAAAGUUCUGUUACUUGGAUCCGGCGGUUUGUCAAUUGGCCAGGCAGGAGAGUUCGACUACUCAGGAUCUCAAGCAAUCAAAGCUCUGAGCGAAGAAGGUAUCUCGACGGUGCUGAUCAACCCGAACAUCGCGACUGUACAGACCACCAAAGGUCUUGCAGACAAGGUCUACUUUUCUCCCAUCUCUCCAGAGUUUGUCAAGCAGGUGGUUGAAAGUGAACGACCCGACGGCGUCUUGCUAACUUUCGGCGGUCAAACGGCGCUGAACUGCGGAAUUACAUUGGAGUCCGAAGGAGUUUGGAGCACGUAUGGCGUCCAAAUCCUAGGCACGCCCAUUCAGUCUAUCAUCCUAAGCGAGGACCGUAAACUCUUCGCUGAUCUCAUCGCCAGCAUCGGCGAGAAGGUGGCGCCAUCUGCCUCGGUCUACUCCGUGCAGGAGGCCCUGGAUGAGGCAGCCAAGAUCGGUUACCCGGUGCUGGCGCGAGCAGCGUAUGCACUGGGCGGGCUGGGGUCGGGUUUUGCCAACAACCCUCAGGAGCUCAGGACCAUCGUCACCCACGCCUUCGCCCACUCGACACAAGUCAUCAUCGAUAAAUCUCUUCAGGGCUGGAAAGAAGUAGAGUACGAAGUGGUCCGCGACGCCUACGACAACUGCAUCACUGUGUGCAACAUGGAAAAUAUGGACCCCCUUGGCAUACACACGGGAGAGAGCAUCGUGGUGGCUCCAUCGCAGACACUGAGCAAUAGAGAGUACCAGAUGCUGCGCAGCACUGCACUUAAAGUCAUCCGCAGACUGGGAGUCAUGGGGGAGUGUAACAUCCAGUACGCCCUUAACCCGUACUCCGAGCAGUACUAUAUCAUUGAGGUCAACGCAAGACUCUCUCGCUCCUCUGCUUUGGCCAGCAAAGCCACUGGCUUUCCACUGGCAUUCAUUGCUGCCAAACUGGCAUUGGGCAAAGCUUUGCCAGACUUGCCAAACCCCGCAACUGUCAAAACCACAGCUUGCUUCGAACCUUCCUUAGACUAUUGCGUUGUCAAGUUGCCGAGAUGGGAUCUCUCUAAGUUCAACGGCGUUUCGUCGAAGAUCGGCAGCUCCAUGAAAAGUGUGGGUGAAGUGAUGGGUAUUGGGCGAAGCUUCGAAGAGGCCAUCCAGAAAGCCAUUCGCAUGAUGGACGAGAACCUAAUUGGUUUUGACCCGUACCAUCGCGCCGCCGAUGAGAAGGAGCUGUCCCAACCUACGGACAAACGUCUCCUUGUGUUGGCUGCAGCACUCAAACUUGAUUGGUCGCUCGACAAACUCUACGACCUCACAAAGAUCGACAAGUGGUUCCUCUACAAACUCAAGAAUAUCAUCGGAACCUACAAUGAGCUGGAGUCCCAGCCGUCUGGGGAGCUGCCCCUCAAGCUUCCUCUCAGUCUCCUCACGAAGGCCAAGCAGCUCGGCUUCUCUGACAAGCAAAUCGCAGGCGCCGUCAGCUCGACGGAACUUGCAGUGCGCACGCAACGGCAAAAUACAAAUGUGUUGCCUGUGGUGAAGCAGGUGGACACUGUAGCUGCCGAGUGGCCUGCUUGCACCAACUACCUCUACCUCACCUACAACGGAACUACCUCGGAUCUUGCUGAGGAUCCUGGCGCGACUAUGGUUAUCGGAUCGGGAGUGUACCGCAUCGGGUCGUCGGUUGAGUUUGACUGGUGCGCCGUGCAGUGCUUGCGGCAACUGCGUAAGCUGGGCAGACGCACCGUCAUGGUCAACUACAACCCUGAGACCGUGUCCACUGAUUACGACGAGUGCAACAGGCUGUAUUUCGACGAAAUCUCUUUCGAGGUUGUGAUGGACAUCUACCAGAUUGAAAAGCCUGUGGGCAUCAUCCUAAGCAUGGGUGGGCAGCUGCCAAACAACAUAGCCAUGGACCUACACCGCCAGAAAGUCAGGAUUCUGGGCACCUCGCCAGAGUCAAUUGACGGAGCCGAGAACCGCUUCAAGUUUUCCAGGAUGCUCGAUGGCAUCGGCAUCUCGCAGCCGCGAUGGAAGGAAUUGACGAGCCUGAAGACGGCGCAAAGUUUCUGCGACGAAGUUGGUUUCCCGUGCCUGGUGCGUCCUUCUUACGUGCUGUCAGGAGCCGCCAUGAACGUCGCCAACAGCCACAAGGACCUCGAGGAUUACCUCAACCAGGCCACCGCUGUUUCCAAAGAUUGUCCUGUCGUCAUCACCAAAUUUAUUCUUGGUGCCAAGGAAAUCGACGUUGACGCGGUAGCACACGAAGGCCAGCUCAUCUGUCUGGCAGUCAGCGAGCACGUUGAAAACGCAGGGGUACACUCCGGAGACGCUACCCUCGUUACUCCUCCGCAGGACCUCAACCAAGAAACUCUGAACAAAAUUACGGCAAUCUGCGCUGCUAUUGGCAAGCAUCUCGAAGUCACGGGUCCCUUCAACAUGCAGCUCAUUGCUAAGGACAACCAUUUGAAGGUUAUCGAGACGAACCUGCGCGUGUCUCGCUCAUUCCCGUUCGUGAGCAAGACUCUGGACUACAACUUCGUAGCGUGUGCGACGCGGGCCAUCGUGGGGGAGCCUGUCCAGCCCAUCGAAGUGCUGCGCGGCUGCGGUAGAGUCGGUGUCAAAGUGCCCCAGUUCAGCUUCUCCAGACUCGCAGGUCGCGAAUUGUGUAAACGUCGUUUGCCAACAAUCCAAUAAUAUAUUUAAGAAUGUCACGGAAUCUAUCGUUUCAAUUGUUGUUAGCAAUAAGGCUCAGCAGAUAAUGGCUAAUUGGGCGACCAUCAUAUUAAUUUAUGAUUUUUUUUUCUUAAAUUCUAGCACAAAGUUGAAUUUCUUCGGUCCGCCCGCCUGCUGGCAGAAAUGGGCUACAAACUCUAUGGCUCCACGGGAACUGCAGAUUUCUACGGAACAACUCAUGGGAUCGAGAUUGAGCCCGUCGAAUGGGCCUACCAGAACAUCGGAGAGGUUGCGACCAAGACUAGCAUCACCUCGAUGGCAGACUACCUCAGCAGGAAGGAGUUCGAUCUGGUGAUCAACCUCUCCAUUCGCGACUCCGGCGCCCGUCGCGUCUCAUCGUUCGUGUCCCACGGCUACAGGACGCGCCGCAUGGCUGUCGACCACUCCGUGCCUCUCAUCACUAACAUCAAGUGUGCCAAGUUGCUGGUGCAGGCACUAAAGCACGUGGGCACGUCACCUCGCAUCAAGACGCACGUAGACUGCAUCACGUCGAGCCGCAUCAUCAAGUUACCUGGGCUCAUCGACUGCCACGUGCACGUACGAGAACCUGGCAUGACGCAUAAGGAGGACUGGGCGAGCUGCUCUGCCGCGGCGCUGGCCGGCGGCAUUACGACCAUCCUGGCGAUGCCCAACACCGCCCCCACCAUCACGGAUGCCCUGGCGCUGCAGCUCGCUCAGGAGGACGCCGUCGCCCUCAAGAUGUACCUCAACCAGACCUUCUCUGACCUCACGCUGCUCGACAUGGGCGCUUGGUGGCAGCACCUGGACUCAUGGCCGGCGCACCUACCAGUGUGCACUCACGCAGAGGGCGCCACCGCCGCCGCCAUCAUCAUGACGGCGCAGUUGACGAAGCACGCGCGCCCCUUACACAUCUGCCAGCUCUCUAGAGGCUAAAGAGAAGGUAACAUGAACGUCAAUACCGCUAAAGAGAAGGGGCUGCCGGUGACAUGCGAAGUGUGCCCGCAUCAUCUCUUCCUGACGAAGGAGGACGCGCCUCGUCUACUGGGGCAAGGUGCCGUGUGCCCUCGACUGGCCACCAAGGAGGACCAGGCGGCCUUGUGGAAAAAUUUAGACGUCAUCGACUGCUUUGCCACCGACCACGCUCCACACACGGUGGCGGAGAAAAUGAUGGAGAGACCGCCUCCAGGGUUCCCGGGUCUGGAGACGAUGCUGCCUCUGCUUCUGACAGCGGUGCACCAAGGGCGUCUCUCCAUGGAGGACCUGGUGAACAAGUUGCACCACAAUCCCCGCCGCAUCUUCCACUUGCCGAGGCAGGAGAACACCUACAUUGAGGUUGACCUCGACACCGAAUGGACAAUCCCUGAGACGCCUGCCUACAGUAAGGCCAAAUGGACGCCUUUUGCCGGCAUGAAAGUUAAAGGACGCGUCCAAAGAGUUGUGCUCAGAGGUCAAGUGGCAUACCUCGACGGCGAGGUUUUAGCCCCUCCUGGCACUGGGGAAGACAUCGUACAGAAGCGUGACAUCUCUCCUCCAGCAACUACCCAGAACACUCCACUUAUCCGGCGACCAGCAUCACCCACAUUCCCCCGCUUGGAUCUUCUUGAGAUAAAGACCGAAGGAUUGAACUUGAGUGAUGACGUGCGCCUUCUUCAUUCGCCCCAGUCCGUCCUUCUCAGCUCCAAAGAUCGACUGAGAACUCCCCUGGGCAACAACACACCCAUCUCGUCUGGCCCCCACAACGGGGUUGAGGCGACCGCACUGCAGCAGCAACUGUUUAGAGUCAUGGACCAGACCUCUGCAGCGCACGGCCUGGACAGCGCGCUCAAUGGACAUGCGCAGACCGGACUCGUUGGGAUCCCUUCACUCGUGAACCAGCAUCUGCUCACGGUAGACCAGCUCAACAAAGAGGCGCUCAAUCACCUCUUCUCAUUAGCUUCGCAUUACCGCGCCUACGUCACCAGAGGGCGAGAUUUGACACACGUUCUGUCGGGCCGCGUGGUGGCGACGGUGUUCUACGAGGAGAGCACCAGGACUUCUAGCAGCUUCGCUGCGGCCACCUGCAGGCUGGGGGGACAGGUAGUGAGUCUCUACACCGAAACCUCCUCCAUCAAAAAGGGCGAGACUCUGGAGGACACGAUCCGCAUGAUGUCAUCGUAUGCGGACGCGGUGGUGCUGCGUCACCCGGAGCCCGGCGCCGUGGCGCGCGCGGCGGCCGUGAGCCGGUGCCCUAUUAUCAACGGUGGCGAUGGCGUUGGCGAGCAUCCGACGCAGGCGCUACUGGACGUCUACGCCAUCAGGGAGGAGAUAGGCACUGUCAACGGCCUCAUCAUCACCAUGGUUGGUGACCUGAAGCAUGGCCGAACAGUGCACUCCCUGGCCAAGCUGCUCACCCUCUACAACGUCAGCCUCCGCUACGUUGCCGUGCCAGGCCUCGAGAUGCCGGAGUCCGUGCAGGAAUACGUUCGUCAGAGGAAUAUACCGCAAGAGGAGCUAAGCAGCCUGGAGACUGCGUUGCUGGACAGUGAUGUCGUUUACAUGACGAGGAUCCAGAGAAGCAGAUUCGCAUCGCAGGACGAAUACGAGAAUUGCUGCGGACACUUCUGCCUCACCGCCCACUUGCUGACGAAGGCAAAGAAGCGCAUGGCCAUCCUGCACCCAUUGCCCCGCUUGGAAGAGAUCGCCGUGGAAGUGGACACCGACCCAUUUGUUGCUUACCACCUUACUAACCUGCUAUCACAAUACUAG